AUGAGUGCUACUGAACCUGGCAUAGCACAACUCCCAACACCGGCACUGAGGAACGUGCAUGACCCCUCGGUGACCAUCGAAGAGUACUUCUACUGGGCCAAAAUCACUCGUGAACAGCAGAGGGGCAUUCCAAUAGUCAAAACUCCAGCCAGAAAAUUCUUGAGUUUUGGCAAACGGGAUGCUGUUCCUUCAAUCAUCACUGGUUCCGAUCCAACCAAUCCAAGGCAAUCUAGUAAGGGACUGGGUACAGCUACGGACGAGAAGACUGGUGACUCGGAAGUUCCUGCAAUCAGUAGACCGGCUGUUGUGACAGAGGAAGAGUGGCUACAGGCUUCUAGAGCCGCAAGGACAGCAACUUGGGGAUCUAUCUUCUAUCUCAUCACCACAGAUGUGUUGGGUCCUUACUCUGUGCCGUGGGCUUUGGCACAGAUGGGAUACGGUCCAGGUAUCGUUCUGUACACCAUCUUCGGAGCUCUAGCGGGCUACACAGGCUAUCAAAUCUGGAUUAUGUUCCUUCAGCUUGAUUCUGAUCAGUAUCCUAUGAAAACCUUUGGCGACAUCGCAUUCAGAGCUUAUGGAAGUGUCACGCGUCAUUUGGUGAACAUCUUGCAAGCAAUCCAGCUCAUCUUCAACGUGGGAGUCAUCAUCAUCCAGAACGGCCAAGGGCUUUAUCAGAUCAACUCAAACAUUUGUUAUAUUGUGUGUUGUGUCAUUUGGACAGCAUGUGGUUUUGUGCUCGGUCAAGUGCGCACCCUGCAGAAAUAUGGCUGGAUCGCCAACUGCGCCGUAUGGCUCAACGUAACGGUCAUGAUCCUCACGAUGGCCGUCGUGACCCACUCGCAUCCAAACUAUGAAGCCGCUGCCAAAUCCAAUGGCGUCGAUAUCGGGCCCCCUGCGCCUCCAGUAAUGACUACCGCAGGCCCACCAGCGACUGUUGAGUUUAGCGGACAAGUUGUGGGCUUGAUGCAGGCGGUUUACUCCUACGGCGGUGCCAUGCUUUACUGCGAAUUCAUGAGCGAAAUGAGGAAGCCAUUCGACUUCUGGAAAGCUUUGGUUAUUGCAGAGACCUUCAUCUAUGUUGUGUAUCUAUUCUUCGGCAUCUUUGUGUAUUCCUACCAGGGCCAGUACACUAUCAAUCCAGCUCAACAGGGAAUGUUUCCUCACGCAGCCUUGACUGCAGGAAACAUAAUCGCCUUUGUGACGGCCCUCAUAGCUGCCGGACUGUAUGGAAACAUUGGGAUCAAGAACAUUUUCCAGGAACUGUUGGGCCUGCCAGAGCUCACCACAAGAGCUGGAAAGCUUGUCUGGGCUGGCAUUGUGCCUAUCUACUGGGGCAUUGCGUUCCUCCUUGCCGCCGCUAUCCCUCAGUUCAGCGCGCUCUCCGGGCUCGUGGCCGCCCUUUGCAUCCUCCAGUUCACAUACACCUUUCCACCUCUCCUCAUGCUGGGAGUGCAGAUCCAGUACGAUGCAAUCCGCCCUGAGCAAGGCGAAGGAUUCAAUCCGACUACUGGUGAGACAGUACGACAUGACCGUGGUAUAAAGAGGUGGAUCCGCGGCUUCUUCGCUCGCAGGUGGUACAUUAAACUUUGGAAUGCCGUCUUCUUCCUCGGGGCUGUGGUGACUUGUGUUUUGGGAACUUAUUCUUCCGUCAAGUCCAUGAUCGACGCGUAUGCCUCUGGCUCCUCGACGGCUUUCAGUUGUGUUGGACCGGUCUGA